AUGUCGGAAUCAUCACUGUCACCGUCGUCAACAACCUCAUUUCCACCAACUUCGGCUUCAGUCUCUGCCACGACGACAGACCCCCCAUUCUUCAUUGAUCCGGCUACAAUGUCACCUUUGCCAAAUUCCAACGGUCGCGACGUUGAUAUGGCUCUGGUCAAGACGGUUUUGGCGUGGCUUUUCCCUAUAAUCGGGAUUAUAACGACAGUCGUGAUUGUCAUGUGGAUGUGCGCACAUAAAUCUGCCCUGGACUCUAGCUUGGUGCUAACGACUCCUUCCCCUAUCCAAUUCUUCGCUCGCAAACGCACAGACUCGACCAUUCCCACUAGUAGAGCCCGACGCGUUCCUCGUACGACAGCCCUUGCACAGCUCAACGUUGAGGACAAUGGAUACUACCCAUACGUUGUACCGCCGGCCCUCGUUUACGCGCAACGAAGCAGGCGAGUUCGGACGAGGGGCGCUGAUGUGGAUGUUUACGGGAGACGCAUGGACGGCGGCGGGGAUCACGACGACCUAGGCGACAAGGAUGAGCUGCCCGCAUAUGAACAUGCGGGUGGGCCGCCGAACUAUGUGGAUUUGGAAGUAGGACAUCCUAGAGCGGUAACUAUACGUUCAGAGUGUGCGCCGUCUUACCAACCCACUCCCCACCAUCUACAGCAACACGCCCCGCCUGCUGUACAAAGCACCCCCGGAGCACCUCCAAAUCCUGAUGAAUAUCCCCCGCCUCCUUCUCUGCAUGACCCUCAAAACGAUCCCGCUCGUUAA